GACUGGGAUCAGCACAUUAAGGGAAGUCUUCACCUCCAAAAAUGUAUGGCUUUUUCAGAUAACACUGGUAUCCGGUGUGUGUUAAGCUCAGCAGAUGGAACAUUGCAUUUAUCACCAAACAAUGCAGCAGUUUUCAAUCCAUCUGGUAUCGAAGAUUAUCCACCAAAUGUCGGCGCAUCUUUUAUCACUACGUCAGCAAGAUCCUUUGGCCAGCCAGGUCCUACAUUUUCUUCUCCUCCAUCAGGGUUUCCCCAGAGGAAAUCUACACUGGGUCGAGUGGUUCACAUCUGCAACCUCCCCGAGGGAAGCUGCACAGAGAAUGAUGUCAUUAACCUGGGCCUCCCGUUUGGGAAGGUCACCAACUAUAUCCUCAUGAAAUCCACUAAUCAGGCCUUUCUGGAAAUGGCUUACAGUGAAGCAGCCCAAGCCAUGGUACAGUACUACAAAGAAAAACCUGCUAUGAUAAAUGAUGACAAGUUACUUAUUAGGAUGUCUAAAAGAUACAAGGAAUUGCAGCUGAAGAAACCAGGUAAGAAUGUGGCUGCUAUCAUCCAGGACAUCCACUCGCAGAGGGAGAGGGACCUGCUGCGUGAAGUGGACAGGUAUGGCACGGAGAGGCCCCGCUCUCGCAGCCCCAUAAGCCGCUCCCUGUCACCUCGAUCCCACACUCCCAGCUUUACUUCCUGCAGUUCACCCCACAGCCCAAUGGGGACUGGCAGGACCGACUGGGGAAAUGGGAGAGAGCUGUGGGAUCAGUCCCCGUAUUCUCGACGGGAAGAGGAAAGAGACAGCAGAGAAUGGCGAGAGAAUGGGGAUGAGAAGAGGGACAGGACUGACACAUGGGUACACGAGAGGAAACAUUAUUCCCGACAGCUGGACAAGCUUGAUUUGGAUGAACGGAUUGAAGGAGGCAGAGGACACAGAGAAAAAUAUUUAAGGAGUGGUUCCCCUGGCUCCCUUCACCCUUUAUCUGGCUACAAGAACAGGGAAGAUGACUACUACCGAAAAACCUCUAAGUCAAAAUCUGACAAGUUUCAGAGGCAGCUGCAGGAUUUACCUGGGAGAUCUAAGAGAAAGGAAGAGGCAAAGUUAAGAGAACGCAGACAUUCUUACAGCGAGGACACUGCCAGGGAGGAGGCAGCUGAACAGAAGCACAGCAAAGCAUCCGAGGGCUCCAGGCAAAAACAAAGUGAUAAGAGUAAGAUGAAGAAAGCUGAAAAAGACCAAGAGGAGGAUGCUGCUGCUGAAGGCAGUGAUGUGAAGGAAACCAAACCUCCUGAGAAUGAGCUUGGAAAAGAGGAGCAAGUUCCAGAGAAGAGCUCACCUUCAGCUAAUAAACAAGGAAAAGAAUCUGGAGAGAUUCUGGAAAACACAAGAAAAGAGAAGGACCGAGACUGGGAGAGUGGAAGUGAGAUAGAAGGUGAGACCUGGUAUCCUGCUAAUAUGGAGGAAUUAGUGACAGUAGAUGAAGUUGGAGAAGAUGAUUUAAUUAUGGAGCCUGAUAUAACUGAGCUUGAAGAAAUAGUACCAGUUGAUCAAAAAAAUAAAACUGCUUCAGAAACGUGUCCCUGUAUGUCAACCAUGUUAGAACUGAAAAACGAUCACAGCCACUUAACCAGGAGUGAAGACAAAUUUGCCCAUAAAGCUCUAGAAACAAACUUCAGAUCAGCAAAGGGCAGUGUACCUUCUAGCAACUGUCAGGAUGAUGAUGAGGAUGAUGAUAAUGAUGAUGCUGUAACUGAAGCAUCAAGCCUAAAUCUGGACCCUGAGCAGAAGCCAGAGGAAUUGCAAGAAGACCAAUCUGCUAAGGAGUCUGAUCCCCAGCAGAAGGAAGGAAGAAUUGAUAAGAGCUCUGACACUCGUUUAGAGCCCGAAGAUCACCACAUACCUUCUGUUCAUCUGAAAGAAGAGACUCUCCAGCUCCCUGAUACAUUUAUAGAUGAUUACAAACAGAUGGGAUCACAAGGAGCUGAGAGCAGAGAAGUUAUGGAAAUGCUUGUUAAAAACACUAGUGAAGAAACAAGACACGGAAGCCAAGAGUGUCCAGAGGCCAAGGCAAAUUCUAGGUACUUGGAAAUGAGAUCUCUGGAAUACCCGGAGGUAGAGUCUAAAAGAAGGCACUCUCCACCAGGCUGGGAACAAGAGGACGUCUUCACCGAACUCAGCAUUCCCCUGGGUGUGGAAUUUGUGGUGCCUAGAACUGGGUUUUACUGCAAGCUCUGUGGACUCUUCUACACAAAUGAAGAGACAGCAAAGACAAGUCACUGCAGAAGCACUGUUCACUACAAAAAUCUUCAGAAGUAUCUAACCCAGCUUGCAGAAGAGAGCCUGAAAAUGAAGGAAGAAGGCAGCCAUCUGCCUCAGGAUGACACUGGCAUUGUUCCUCACUUUGCAAAGUAA